UCACGACUGCAGCUUUCACCACAACCUGCCUGUCCCCACACAACAGGCCAUCAUAGCACUAGUUCAGAGCACAGCAAUUGUCAAUGAACAACAGCCCAGAGGGGACAAGAGGAGGCUUGUGGUAAAUAAAGCAAGAGUCCCCGGCAACUCAAAUCUCUCCUUAUUCAAUAACUGGGACACUCUGAGCUCCUCCGAGCUUAUCUUUGAGCGCUGGGCACAGAGAGCCUGCUUGACCUUUGGUCAAGUGAGCAACAAAAAUUUCAUCCUGUGACUCAAAAGAACUCCAAAGGGAGGAGGCCUCUACAGAAGAUAAAAAGACCAGGAGCAGGCAUGGUAGGCCAUCAGGAGUGCAUCAUGGAAGAGGACAAUCGCGCUCCGCAGUUGUGGCGCAAGACCCUGACCGCACCUGCCCCAUUUGCUGAUGAAACCAACUGCCAGUGUCGAGCACCCCAUGAAAAACUGACCAUUGCUCAGGCCCGCUUAGGAACACCAGCUGACAGGCCUGUCAGAGUAUACGCCGAUGGAAUAUUUGACCUCUUCCACUCGGGUCACGCAAGGGCCCUUAUGCAAGCAAAAACACUGUUUCCCAACAGCUACUUGUUGGUAGGAGUUUGCAGUGAUGAUCUCACCCACAAAUUCAAAGGUUUCACUGUGAUGAAUGAAGCCGAGAGAUAUGAAGCUCUCAGACACUGUCGCUACGUAGACGAAGUAAUCAGAGAUGCUCCCUGGACACUCACGCCAGAGUUUCUGGAAAAACACAAGAUUGAUUUUGUGGCUCAUGAUGACAUUCCGUAUUCCUCUGCUGGCUCUGAUGAUGUUUACAAGCACAUAAAGGAAGCAGGGAUGUUCGUUCCAACACAGAGAACAGAAGGCAUCUCAACAUCGGACAUCAUUACCAGAAUUGUUCGUGACUAUGAUGUUUAUGCCCGACGUAACCUCCAGAGAGGGUAUACAGCCAAGGAACUGAAUGUCAGCUUUAUAAAUGAGAAGAGGUACCGUUUCCAGAACCAGGUGGACAAAAUGAAGGAAAAAGUCAAGAAUGUGGAGGAAAGAUCAAAGGAAUUCGUGAACAGAGUGGAAGAAAAGAGCCAUGAUCUAAUUCAAAAGUGGGAAGAGAAGUCAAGAGAAUUCAUUGGCAACUUCCUAGAACUGUUUGGACCUGAUGGAGCAUGGAAGCAGAUGUUCCAAGAGAGAAGCAGCCGGAUGCUGCAGGCCUUGUCUCCGAAGCAGAGCCCUGUGAGCAGCCCAACCCGGAGCCGGUCCCCUUCCCGCUCCCCAUCGCCCACCUUCUCAUGGCUUCCACUCAAAACCUCACCCCCUUCCUCACCCAAAGCAGCCUCGGCCUCCAUCAGCAGCAUGAGUGAGGGGGAUGAGGAUGAGAAGUAGGGGCUGCUGGCAGGCAAGAGCCGCACCACGCAGGAUGGGGAGGAGGGCGAGGGUCACAGGGUUGCCUGGGUGAUGUUUGAAGGGUAAUAGUCACAGGAGCUGCAGCUCAGCAGAGAGACCCUGAACUCUGCUAAGGGAAGGUCUUGGGACCAGUUCUCUCUCACUUUCCAUACAGCUCAAGAGUUGGGCGAGGUGCAGAGAUUUCCAGCCGGACAACCUACACAAACCUUAGCGUCAUCUAGAAUCACUCUAACCUUGCUAAGGAAGGAUGCAGAGUUCCCUAGAGAGACUUGCACUGAUGGGGUGACUUCUGCUUUUGUCCUUCCACCACCCCCACCAAGUAAACCACCUGUGGAAGCAGCUGUUCCCUCAACCUGCUACUUCUGCGUCCAUAAGGGUCCUGCACGUUGCCUCCCACCACCCCAGCUCUGCCAGAAUAAAAUUGUUUCCAAUAGAGGUGGCAAAGUGCUUCUGAAAUAGUCGAGUUAAAGACAAAUUCCAACCUUCUCAGUCCAGCCACUGAGACCUGAUGUUGGAACGCAUCAACUCCUUCCAGUUCCAUGAACGUGGCUCAUAGACAAAGCCUUGCUUUAGGCUGGUUAUAAAAGGUCAUCUAGUGUGAACCUUAACUUUUUAUUCAAAGGACAGUUUUGUCAAGAACUCCACGUAAGGCCUGAUGUGCUCCUGGUUGUACUUUCUCAUCACUGGUUUGACUUCAUUGUUUUGCAGAAAUUACCUUAAUCUGUGGGAACUGCAACAAAGAAAAACUUCCUAAUAUAUAAAAAAGAGGAGCUGCUUUGCUUUGGCUCCAGGUUUAGCAGACAAGAAAUGUCUCCUGAAGCUUCUCCUUAAAGGAUGCUAUUAUGGAAUGGCUUUUCCCAUUUCUGAUCAGUUAACGGUUUCAUAGACCUCAAGUAACAGUCUGAGGUAUCAAACAUAGUAUACCGAUAGGGGGUGCUACCUGCACGUAUCUGUUCUAUAUAUGCUCCAAUAUGCCAUCCCCGGGUGUAUCCCAUGUGCAAUAUGAGUAUAUAGUGGUGGCAUUUUAUAAUAGACCCCACUCCUGCGCUCCACCGUAAUACUCCUCUGAAAUCCUUGGUCUCAAGAACCAUCUGUUCUCUUGUGACUUGGGCACUUUGUCAAGCUCAUUCCAGAUUCCUGUGGAAACGUUUUAUCCCAACCAGGAAAUUAGUAUGUUGUUCUUGUGACCUCCUAUAACAUUUUUGGGUGAAGAAGAACUCGGAAGACUUUUUACAGAGAACUGUGGGCUCAGUUAUGAUCUCAGCAUCUGAGUGGUCUAGGUAGUAUCACCAUUAUCUCUGGCCCUAGGUUUGCCAAGUGGGAUGAGGACUCUAAGUGUUCCUGCUGAGUUGUCUGAAAUUCCUGCUCCUUAGUCACCUGUGUGAAAUGAGCAGGGAGAGUUAAGGUCUAGAACCAAACUCUUUGGGUUGUUGUAUGGGUAUGCCAGUAAAGUCAGAGACAGAGCUGGGGUCUGACUGAAUAGAGGCCCAAACCAGCGACUUGUAGGCAGAGCCCAGAAUCUCUUGUGAUAGAAAUACCCCUUUUCAGAGGCCUUGGGAACCAGCCUUCUAGGUGACAAGGGGGCAACCAAUGAAGGAAGGCGGCAUGUGUUUCCCCUUUGUGUUGGGGUUGAACUACCUCCCUAUUCACCUGGAGAUGAGUGCUGUCCACUGGGAAGCAAAACUAUGAGGCUGAGCUGGCUUGGAACCUCUUUGUUCUUGGCACUUUCCUUCUCCAGGACUCUGGGAAGCACUCAUGUGAGACAGAGAGCUGGCAGGAACACGGCAUGUGAAGAAGAAAACUUCUUUUUGCAGUCAAGGGCCACCCAGAAUAUUGCUCGUCUGAGAGGGACAAGGGCCCCGUUCUUCCAUUGUGUCCAUUUGGUCUCCAUCUUCCAUCACGCACUCAGGUCAAACCAUGCAAGUCUGCCUACCAUUUGAGUUAGUUGGCACUUGUACCAGUCAAGGAUGAGGCCAACCAGGCAAGGGAAGGUGGUGGGAACAAGGGAAAAGGAGGAAAGAAGUUCCUGGAGGGAGGAAAGGAGGAUAAAGAAAAUCUGCUCUCAUAAAACCAUUUCAGGACCUCACUUUAUAAGUGAGCCUCUCUUGGGAAGGCCUUUUGUGCCCCUACUCCAUGGCCCAGGGCAGAUAGAUCCACUUUUACCUGAAUCCUACACUCUGGAGCAAAUAGUGUAUCAGGCUGACUAUACAUUUGCAGGCCUUACACGCCAUACUGACAGGUGCCACUUACGUGACUCAUCAGAUAAUGUCACCAUUGCUGCCAAUUAUGGGAAACAACCAUUGCUCGUUCCAGGGAUGAGCCUAAACCACACAUAAAUGGGUUCUAAAUCUCACCCUCCUAACCUGCGGUGAGCCCCCCCACCCCACCCUCUUGAGGCUGCAAAUCUACUGAGAAGGAAUGGGGAGGAUUCUGCAACCCAACUUUUGAUACUUUUUGGCCAUCUCUCAGUCUCUCCCAGCCCCUACCCCCAAACCACCUCCCUGCUCCCAGGCGGAGACUGGAUUGCACUUUGUUAAGGCCAGCUGGUCAACUGUAAUGGCCAAGAGUGAGUUAAGGCUGGAAUGAGAAAUAUGCCCCAAGCUUGGAGGGGUAAGCAGGAAUGACACAAAGCAAGGAAAGAGAUUCUUUUUGCCCUAGUGAGGAAGCUUCAGACUGAGGAGGGCUAGAGGAUAGCAACUUAGGACUGCAGAAGAGGGCAGCUUAUGAAGAGGGGAGAAAGUGGGACUGAAGCUGUAGGGGAGCAGGAGGGUAGUGAUUUUCUGCUGGCUUUCUUCUUUCUUUCUUUCUUUCUUUCUUUCUUUCUUUCUUCUUUCUUUUUCUUUCUUUCUUCCUCUUUCUUUUUUUCUUUCUCUUUCUUCUUUCUUUCUCUUUCUUCCUUUCUUUCUUCUUCUUUCUUCUCUUUUUUUUUUUUUUUUUUGAGACAGAGUUUUGCUCUUGUUGCUCAGGCUGGAGUGCAAUGGUGCAAUCUCGGCUCACUACAACCUCCACCUCCCAGGUUCAAGGGGUUCUGCCUCAGCCUCCCAAGUAGCUGGAAUUACAGGCACCUGCCACGUUACAAGCGCCUGCCAUGACGCCCAGCUAAUUUUGUAUGUUUAGUAGAGACUGGUUUUCACCAUGUUGGCCAGGCUGGUCUCAAACUCCUGACCUCAGGUGAUUCGCCCGCCUCGGCCUCCCAAAGUGCUGGGAUUACGGGCGUGAGCCACCGCGUCCGGCCGAUUUUCCGCUCCCUUUCAAGUGUUAACUCACCCCCUGACAGGUGAAGAGGGAAGGGUUCCUUUUACGCACAACCAAGGUUAGCAAAUGCCCACGCAGGAUGUGGGGUCCCUGCCUCUCUGGUUGUUUCAUUUCAGCACUUCUACAUUAGCUGCUUAUGGGGACCCUAAAAUGAACUGGUCACCCCUCCACCAGGUAAGAAACAAGGGUGGAAUUGCUGUGCCGUAAGUCACACUGAAUGACUUGCUUCUGGCAAGCAUGCUCCUGUGUGUCGGGACCUUACCAAGGCAAAGGAACGCCAGGCUCAAGAGGAGCAGGGCACGAGACAUUGGCCUGGCUUCUAACCUGGUCUGAGUGGAAGGGACACAGCUUAGGGAUUUGAGUUUUGCUCUUAGGCUACUAGAUACUGUGAUUUCACCCCCUGGGGGAGGGACAGGAAGAGCACGGAUUUAUUUUCUCUCCGUCUUCAGUACUUAUUUUAGCAUCUAGUCAUACCCCAGGGAGAAAUGCGAGACGGUGUCACUGGCUCAGCUGAAGCAGAUGAGCCCGUCUCUAGCAGAGAUGUGCCUGUUUCGUAGGCAUCCGUUCAGCACUAGUCUUGGCCAUCAGAUUUUUAAAAAAGAAAUAGCUCAUGAGGCAUUUGCAACUUCUCCUCUCUAGACUUCUUUCUAGUUUUCUUCUGUUGUGUCACUGCGAUGAGUCCAGGGACAAAGCCAUAAGUAGAGCAUACAUACUUAAGACUAUGCUGUACAUAUAAGAUAAGACCCGUCUGGGUUAAAGCACGACUUUAUGCUCAAGCAUUUGCUCUGGUGCUGAACAACGCGAACUACUGGAAUCAGCCUCCCCCAACUCCGCGCGCCCCCUGCCCUCCCUGCUCCUAUCCCAUUCUGGCUCUCAAAUGGACCACACCAUUCUCAACUCGUUUAUAAAUAAAGGGAUGCAGAAUUGCA